UUUAACUCAAAAGAUUAACAGAAUGUAUCUCUUCGGUUUUUUAACUUGCUUUGUUAGUUUUGCUAUUGGUAUUAUAAACGGUCAAACGUCUGGUGUAAUAAAUGGACAGUACUACUUGUGCCUUCCCACAGGAACGCCUUGUCCAACUACACCGCCCAACACGAUUGACCCUAGAAUUGUUACACCAACAGGAACUCAACCUGGAACUCCAUCAGGAACUCAACCAAACUGUCCGGCCGGUACCACUCCCUGUUACGGCGUUAGCAAGGCUUGUGGAACUAGAUUGGUCCCGGAGCCGGUUAGUACAGCCGCAGGCCCAACAACUAUUGGUGCUUAUCCCUGGCAAGCGUACCUCAGGAACGCCACACACUCCUUCGCAGGUAGCGGCGCAUUAAUAUACCCCAGUUACGUCGUUACAGCAGCUCAUAAAGUUUAUUUGAAUGUUAAUACUCCUACAGCUGUGACGGUGCUAAUGGGAGUUUGGAACCCUACAAACCUUAUUAACGUUCAAACUAGUACCGUAGCACAGAUAAUAGUUCAUGAGGCCUUCGAUCCUGCUACGUUAAAAAACGAUAUAGCACUUCUGCGAUUGACGCAGCCGAUGGUAAUAGGAAUAUACAAUAACAUAAAUACAAUUUGUUUACCAGCUGCCGGUGCUUCAUACGUGGGACAAACUUGCCCUGUCAGUGGUUGGGGUCAGACGGCAUUUACUACAUUUGACGCACCGACGAAUCCGCAGAAACAAGCAUCAGGACCGAUUGUCAGUUACGCUACGUGCAGAGCAUCGAUGGCCGCAGCCAAUUUGCUCGGGGCCAAUGUCGACACAUAUUUAGACCCGAACGGAGAGAUAUGCAUGGGUGGAAUGAGCAUGUUGGAUGCUUGCACUCAAGAUGGAGGUUCACCGUUAGUUUGUGUGGGUCCGACUUCGUACAGUCUGGUUGGUUUGGUAAUAUGGGGUAAAAACUGCGGUAUGGCCAACGUUUACGGGGUUUAUGUAAAUAUUCCUUAUUAUUUAUCGUGGAUCCAAGGCAAGGUAACAGCAGCAGGAUAAACCGAAUCUAAUUAUAUUACAGUAUAACUUUAUAGGGGUUUAGAAUCCCGUUCGGAUCCAUUAGUUUUUUCACGUUUCGCAUUAAAUUAAGAGUAUUCUUUGGUUUAAUUUU